AGUGUAUCUCGGUAAAAUGGCUGUAUGAGCCUCGUGCUGGUGUGAUCCGUUCCUCCGCUGUAGUCUAGUUCUGUAAUAGAACCCCCACAAAUUCUGUGUUGGUUAAAUUCAUUAAGAGGAACUGAAUUUAAAUUAAUAGUUAUUGUAAAAACUGUGCUGACGGUGCAGUCCGGAUUCGGUCCGGCGUAAGGGGUGGGGAUGACUCGGGUCACGGGUAAAUUGGUGUAAAACUAUUGUAUUUACAUUCAAUGUUGAGCGUUUGAUUGUGAGUGACUUGCCGAGAGGGAGAGAGGGGUAUCAUGGCCGCUCAGGUCGCCAGCGCUACCUCUCUCAACACCAGCCCGCCUUCCGAGCUAAAAAAACCGGAUCGAGACCCAAAGGAGGAGUCGGUACCGGGGGAGAAGCAGCAGGAAAAUAAGGAGCCGGGACUGGAGAGCGGAUCUCCGGGCCGUGGAGAACUGCACGACCGGGCCGAUGUUGGAAAUGCUGGGGGAGGAGGGGAAUCGGAGAUGAAGAACGGGAACGGGAAUCCUAGGGUAAAUAAUAAUCAAAAUGAUACCACGGGAUCCGAGGGGAAUAACCACCCCGGGAUGGUACAUCAUCACGCGUCUGCUUUUCCACCACCUUCCUACGGUUACAGUCAGCACUAUGGACGGGCCCCUUUUCAUCAACAUGGCGGACAACAAAGCCCUGGCAUGGCAGCUGCAGCGGGGCCAGCCGCGCUGUCGAGCAACAUGAUGGACCCGUAUCAGCCAAACUCCCACGAACACGGCUUCACUAACCAUCAGUUCAACAGCUACAACCCAUUCUCCAACCGAGCACCAUACCCAGGCCAAGGAUACGCCAUGAACUCCCCGCGUAAUACUCAAGCUCAGGCGGUAGGGGGGCAGUCAGCCAAGCAACAGCCAGCGGGAGGAUCUACAGCUAUGGCUGCAUCGUAUAAUAAUCAGAGGUAUAAUAUGGGAAAUCCACAGCCAACAUCCACACCAACUCUAAACCAGCUUCUAACUUCCACAAGCUCGACCAGGGGAUACGCUAACUACCCACCGAACGACUACAACAACCAGGAAGGUGCUAACAAGGGACCAGCAGAUAUUGGCAGUAGUGGCCAGUAUGGUGGGGGCCAUCCGGGUUGGCAACAAAGAACCCAUCACCCGCCGCCCAUGAGCCCGGGAAGUACAGUGCAGCCCCUUGGUAGAAACCAGGCGCCAGGCUCUAUGGAUCAGAUUGGAAAAAUGCGCGGUCCGCUAUAUGGAGCAGGAAACCCUUACUCCCAGCAGCCUCACCAAGGCCCUCCAGGUGGUCAGCAGGGACCUGGUUAUCAAGGCCAGAGCUAUGGGCAACCUGGCCCUCAGAGAUACCCCAUGGGCAUGCAGGGGCGCAUGCAGUAUGGACAGCAGAUGGCACCAUAUGGACAACAGGCACCAGGGGGCUAUGGACAACAGGGACAGCAGCCCUAUUACGGUCAGCAGGCCCAGGGUCCUCACUCUGCCCAGCAGCAGACACCGUACCCUCAGCCUCCCCCUAGCCAACCAGUCAGCACAGCCCCCUACUCCCAGCAGCCUCACCCACCCCAGCCAUCUGCCCCUCACGGACAGGGUGGCCCUACCUACCAACAGCCUCACAUGCCACAGCAGUCCCAGGGGCCAAUGUCAGGCCCACCACAGGGCCAAACCCAGUCGCAGCCCCCAUACUCUCAGCCCCCUUCAGCACCGCCCAGCCAGUCUCCUUACCCCCAACAGCAGGCACCCUCGUCUCAGCCUACACCACAGGGUGCCUCCCAGGUGCCACCGGUUUCACAGGGCCAACCCAGCUACCCACCCGGACAAGGUCCCCAACAGCCAUCUUCACAGCAGCCUCCGCAAGCCCCUGCUCCUGCUUCACAGCAGCCCCCCGGGCAUGGCCAGCCCACGUCAUACCCCCAGAGUGCUUCGCAGCAGCAACAGUCUGCUUACCAGCGCUUUCCUCCUCCUCCUCAGGAGAUUUCCCAGGAGUCCUUCAGCUCUCAGUCCAGUGCUCCUCCCUCUAGCCAACCUGUGGCCUCCACCAAGAGUGGCUCUGACGACAUGCAGGGCAGGCCUUCCAGUCUACCUGACCUGUCGGGGUCUAUCGAUGACCUGCCCACAGGUACAGAGGGAGCUCUUAGUCCUGGUGUCAGCACGUCUGGAGUGUCGAGCAGUCAGGGCGAGCAGAGCAAUCCAGCCCAGUCACCCUUCUCCCCCCACACCUCCCCUCACCUGCCUGGCAUCCGAGGCCCUUCGCCCUCUCCCGUCGGCUCACCCGCUAGUGCCACAGCCUCUCGCUCCGGCCCCCUCUCUCCAGCCACCAUGCCAGGAAACCAGAUGCCUCCUCGCCCCCCUAGUGGUCAGUCUGAUGGCAUCUUGCACCCUUCUAUGAAUCAGCCUGGCAUGGGCCAGGAGAGAGGAUUUAUGCAAAGGAACCCUCAGAUGGCACCUUACAGCUCUCCCCAGUCUGGCUCUGCCCUGUCCCCCCGCCAGUCGCCUGCGACUCAGAUGCAUGCUGGGAUGGGGCCUUAUCAGCAGAAUAGCUCAAUGGGUAGCUAUGGGCCUCAGGGUGCCCAGUAUGGUCCACAAGGUUACUCCAGGCAGCAAGGAUACAGUGGCAUGCCCAAUGCCAACUAUCCAGGCCCUGGCAUGGGUGGCUCAAUGAAUCCUGUUCCUGGACAAGGAGGAGGGGCAACGUUUAGUGGCAUGCCACCUGGUAGGAUGCCCCCUGGACAGAUGGGUGCCCGUCCCUAUGGUCCCAACAUGGGUCCCAACAUGGGUCCCAACAUGGGUCCCAACAUGGGUCCCAACAUGGGUCCCAACAUGGGCAAUAUGCCCCCACAGGUGGGUUCUGGGAUGUGCCCACCACCAGGCCUCAACAGGAAGCCCCAGGAAGCAGCUGUUGCCAUGCAGCAUGGAGCUACUAAUUCUAUACACAACAGACUGCCUGGUUACCCCAACAUGUCUCCUAGCAUGAUGGGGUCAGGGCCUCCAUAUGGGCCCUCCAUGAACAAUAUGGCAGGAAUGAUGAACACCCAGGGAACGCCCUACCCCAUGGGUGGAAACAUGCCCAAUAAUAAUAGUGGCAUGUCCCCUGGUCCAGAAUUUGGUAUGGAUGGGAAACUGAACCAGGCACAGAAAAUGAAUAACAAAGUCGAGGGGACACCUAAGGCAGAUUCGAAAUCCAAGAAGUCAAGUUCAUCCACAACAACCAAUGAGAAGAUCACACGUCUGUAUGAGCUGGGCUCUGAGCCAGAGCGAAAGAUGUGGGUGGACCGUUAUCUAGCAUUCAUCGAGGAGAAGGCCAUGGGCAUGAACAACCUGCCUGCCGUGGGCCGCAGGCCCCUGGAUCUCUUCCGCCUCUAUGUGUCUGUCAAGGAGAUUGGAGGCCUCACACAGGUGAACAAGAAUAAAAAGUGGAGGGAGCUUGCUACAAGCCUGAAUGUUGGUACUUCCAGCAGUGCAGCCAGCUCGCUAAAGAAGCAGUACAUUCAGUGUCUGUACGCUUUUGAAUGCAAGAUUGAGCGCGGUGAAGAUCCACCGCCUGACAUCUUGUCUACAGAGAGCAAAAAGAACCAGGCAAAAGUUCAGCCACCCUCCCCAGCCGGAUCUGGUUCCCUGCAGGGACCUCAGACGCCUCAGUCUACAAGCAGCUCCAUGGCUGAGAGUGGAGACCUGAAGCCCCCUACGCCUGCUUCAACACCACACAACCAGAUGCCCGCGAUGCCAAGCGGCAGGAGCAGUGUGAACCUUCAGGAUCCAUUUGCAGAGAGCAAUGAUCCAGCCUUCUCUAGGAGAAACACUAUGACCCCCAACUCUGGCUACCAGUCUGGCAUGAGCACUCCUGAGAUGCCUGGUCGCAUGGGCCCUUAUGAGCCCAACAAGGACCCAUUCAGUGGCAUGCGCAAAGUUGGGGAGCCGUUCAUAUCUGGUGGACAGGGUCCCAACAGCAACAACAACCUUGGAGAGCAGUUUAACCGUGGACCGGGUGGUGCCAUUGGGAAUAUGCCCAUGGGCCAGAGACCACAAUAUCCAUAUGGGCCAGGUUUUGACAGAAGGCCAGAGUCAGGAAUGGGCCCAGAAGGCAAUAUGGGGUCUGCAGUAACACAGCCAAACAUGAUACCUUCCAACACUGACACUGGGAUGUAUUCACCAAAUCGCUACCCUGGACAGCAACAGCGGAUUGAUUCCUAUGGUAAUCAGUAUCCCGGUCAGAGUGCGCCUCCUGGUGGUUCAUACCCAAAUCAGCAACCGGGAAUGUUUCCACAGCAGCAACCGAACUACAAGCGACCAGGGGAGGGAGCCUACCCUGCUGCCAAGCGACAUCACGACAGUGAGAUGUACAGUGGGCCGUUCAGUGGCCAGCAGCAACAGCAGCAACCUCAGGUUCCUCCUACCGGUCCCUCAUCAGCUCAGCAGGAGAUGUUCAACCAGUAUAGCGGAUCAUACCCCGGAUCAGAACGCCGCCCUACUGGACCACAGAACCAGUUCCCCUUUCCCUUUGGGAGGGAUCGUAUGCAAGCUGCAUCAGUCCCUAACUCCCAGGGCACCAUGCCCCCUCAGAUGAUUGGCAGCUCCAUGCAGCCUGGCCCCGACGGCCCCCAGGCUGGGAUGUGGCAAGGCCGAGGCGAGAUGGCAUUCCCCAACUAUCCUAACCGACAGGGUCCCCCAGGUGGCCCCACACAAGGCCCUGGCUACCAUGGCAUGAAUCGUUCUGAAGAGAUAUUGUCAUCUGAACAGCGUGUUAAUCACGAGGGGCAGUGGGCAGGGCCGCGGCAGCCUCCCUACGGCCCAGCCGGGGCAGGCCCGCCCAUGAGUCGUCCCUUGCAGUCCAACUAUCAACCUCCCCAACCCAUGCAGAACCACAUUCCGCAGGUGUCCAGCCCAACACCAAUGCCCCGGCCAAUGGAGAGCAGGACUUCCCCCAGUAAAUCCCCUUACAUGCACAGCAACAUUAAGAUGCAGAAGGCAGGUCCCCCAGUCCCUGCCUCCCACAUCAUCCCCUCCCCUGUCCAGCCCCCGCUAAUGAGAAGAGACCCUCCAUUCCCACAAGGCUCUGUGGAGGCUACACAGCCUGUUCUCAAGCCACGCAGGCGGCUUACCAUGAAGGAUAUUGGUACACCAGAGGCAUGGAGAGUUAUGAUGUCACUAAAAUCUGGUCUGCUGGCUGAGAGCACAUGGGCUCUUGACACUAUUAACAUCCUUCUGUAUGAUGACAACAGUAUCUCCAAUUUUAACCUUAUUCAGCUCCCUGGCUUCUUGGAAUUGAUAGUGGAGUAUUUCAGGCGUUGCCUAAUUGAGAUCUUUGGCAUUCUGGGGGAAUAUGAAGUUGGUGACCCAGGACAGAGAACUCUGUUGGACCCCAGUGCGCUCCAAAAAGAAGUGAAUGGUGAGGAUGAAGAGGAGCAAGUGAUGGAGGCUAUGGAAGACAAUGGUGAAACAGAAGAGGAAGAUGAAGACGACUCAUCACCACAGCCAGAAGAACGUUUGUCAGUACCACAGCCUCAAGUACAACUAGAGCAGAGGAUGGAUGAGUCAAAGAAAAAUGAGGAUGGUAAAAUGACUGUCAAGGUCUUGCCUACAGAGUUGAAAACAUUAGAGCCACCCUCCCUGGAUCCAGCUGUAGCACAAGAGAAGCCAAAACAGGCCAGCAAGUUUGACAAGCUUCCACUAAAGGUGGUGAAAAAGAAAGAUCCAUUUGUGGUGGACUGCUCUAACAAGCUGGGCCGGCUUCAGGAGUUUGAUAGUGGCCUAGUGCAUUGGAGUAUUGGUGGGGGUGACACUACAGAGCACAUUCAGACCCAUUUUGAGAGAAAGACAGAUUUGUCGCAGCCACACAUGCAGCUGCUGCCCACCAAAACAUCUGGAAGGAGGGUGUCUGAAAAUAGGGAGAGUGAGGUGCUUGGAGUGCCCUCUGUUAGUGCAGAGCGAAGGAAAGAAGAAGAGCAGAGGUCCUCUCAGCAGUCUUCCUCAGGGAAGCUGACAGAUGGCAUUUCAGAUGCAAGGGAAGAGAAGCCGUCUAAUGGUCCUGAGACUGCCCUGGAGGCACUAUUGCUGAAGGAUAAAGAGAAAGAGGGACCAGAGAGAACAAUCCGGGAAAUCAGCAAGCUGUCUCUCCCCCACUCCAGCUCUCCCUCACCAAAUCAGUACUUGGUCACCAUUUUGGAGGAUGAGCCCCACAGCAAGGAUGAGGCGCCGCUGAUCAUGCUCUCCAGUUGGCAGGACUCACUCACCCGCCGCUGCGUCUGUGUCUCCAACAUCGUUCGCAGUCUCUCCUUUGUUCCGGGCAACGACUUGGAGAUGUCCAAGCAUCCGGGACUGCUGCUGCUCCUGGGCCGUCUUGUUCUGCUUCACCACUGGCACCCCGAGCGCAAGCAGGCGCCACUGACCUAUGAGAAAGAGGAGGAAGCCGACGAGGACGUGGGCCGCUUCAAGGAGGAGUGGUGGUGGGACUGCCUGGAGCUUCUAAGAGAGAACUGCUUGGUCACGCUGGCGAACAUCUCAGGCCAGCUGGACUUCUCCAUCUACCCGGAGAGCAUCUGCCUGCCGCUGCUCGACGGCCUGCUCCACUGGGCGGUCUGCCCGUCGGCCGAGGCCCAGGACCCCUUCCCUACUCUUGGGCUCAAUGGGGCUUUGUCUCCACAGAGACUGGUCCUAGAGACCCUCAGUAAACUCAGCAUCCAGGACAAUAAUGUGGACCUUAUUCUAGCAACGCCUCCCUUCAGUCGACUAGAGAAGCUUUUUGGGAACCUUGUACGCCUGGUUGGGGAACGAAAGGUACCCGUAUGCCGAGAGAUGGCCGUAGUGCUGCUGGCCAACCUCGCCCAGGGUGACAACAUGGCAGCCCGAGCCAUUGCGGUACAAAAGGGCAGUAUAGGGAACCUUUUAGGCUUUCUUGAGGACAGUUUAGCAGCCACACAGUUUCAACAAAGCCAGGGGUCCCUGCUGCACAUGCAGGGUGCGCACUUUGAACCUACUAGUGUGGACAUGAUGCGUCGGGCUGCUCGGGCCUUGCACGCCCUCGCUAAGGUGGAGGAGAACCACUCUGAAUUUACGCUCUACGAGUCACGGCUACUGGACCUCUCUGUCUCUCCUCUUAUGAACUCUUUAGUGUCCCAUGUCAUCUGUGAUGUACUCUUUCUGAUUGGCCAGUCAUGACAGCUGUGGGGAGCGGUGGCUCCACAUUCUCUGAUUUUCGUUCUCUCCUCUCAGCCGUUCUCCCUUGGUGUGCAGGGAAUGAAAAGCAGAGAAAAAUGACUGUUUCCCUUUUUUAAUUUAUGCAAGCCCCUUCGGAUUCCACCCUUUUGUUCCCCUUUUUGCUGUGUCUCACUUUGGGGAGGAUAUCACAAAUUAGCUGUGGAUCAUGAACCAGAGCCUCAAAAAGCCGACACAAACUGUAACCCUGAUGCCAACUAAAUGUUAUGGACAGGGACCCAAGUUUUAUGUGCUGCCCAAGGGGUGGGAGGGUGGGUUACUUUUUAUAGCUAAAUAAAUGAAUGAAUAAAACAAAUAGCAUAAAAUGUCUUGACCAAAGUUGCUGUCUCGUUUACAGUGAGUUUGGGGUAAAUUGUGCCCUUGCUCUCCCCUGGAGGGUACUAUGAUCACACGUAUCUGGUUCGUAUUUGGAGUCCGAUUAGACAAGUGAGGUCUCUGUGGGGUGGUAACUAUGUGUGAUACUGCACAUUCAGCCCCACAGGAGCCACUUUAUCAGCCGUGAGCAGGAUACUCUUACGUUGGGGGCCUGUGCAGUAGAUUGUAGACAUUUUCUGUACAGCUCUGUGCUCCAUUUUCCUUAUGACUGUAAACAUACUGCAGCACUGUUUCACAUGGAGAAAUGUUGGCUCAGCAGCUCCACUAGUUUUUAAAAAGUUUUUAAAAUUUAGUUUGAUGGUAAAGAGAGAAAGGCUUUCUCCCCAAAGUAUCGAGAACCUCGGACAUCCUUACCUCCUCUCUCUAACCCCUUGAUUGUAUGACUUGACCCUUAAUGAAAUCACUUCCUAGGACUGAUUUUCAACUUAAGAUACAGCCCAGGCUGUGAUGUAUAUAAGAUGUUGUACAUUACACUUCUUUUUUCUCUGUCUCUUUCUUGCCCUCUGUCUUUCACUCUUAUGCUUCACACUUUUUAUCUAUGAAGAAUGAAAGUGAACACUCAAGUUGGGUUCAUUGCAUAAAAUCCUUGGGUAUAUAAAAGGAACCACCUUUUGGCCUCCCCACAGUUUUACCAUAGUACAGCAAACACAAAUAUUUUAAUUUCAUCUCCUGGUACAACAAAAAUAAACUCUAGAUGAAGAAACACAGUUCAGUUUGUUUUUUUGUUUUUUUUGUUUUUUGUUUGUUUUUUUUUUUCCUCCAGUGAUAUGAUUUCUGCAUAUUUGUAUUUCAGACUAUGUAGCUAAAACUUAAUGUAAAUUCCUCCUUUCCCCCCUUUUGGCUCAAUGAAUAUCAUUUAUUCAGUAUGAAAUCUUUAUACUAUAUGUUCCAUGUGGUAAGAAUAAAUGUACAUUAAAUCUUCGUAAGAUG